CAGUUUUUUGAGUGUAUUGUCGGAUAGUGUUCUGUCUGUCUGCUGGAAAACUUCAGGGUUCAUUCAUGGAGCCAUGUGAUACUUUUUUUUUCCUUUGACGUAAAUGCCCUUGCCCUUCCUGCAUUAUCCCCACUUCACCCCACCUCCUUAGCCUAGCCGUUCUCUUUGCUUGCAGUGCAAGUGCCACUUCCAUGGCUAACCCCUGAAGAAACUCCAUUCUUCCCUUUUACACUUCUCUUCUCAAACUCUCAUACCCGUAAUUUCUUUUUGCCCUUGUUUACCCCCCUCCCCCUUGAUAUAUUUCCCUCUGUUUCUGGCUGUGGCAUUGGGGAUAAGGAGGUAAAAGAGAAGAGGAGCAAAAUGGGAAUGGGAACUAGCAUAUUUAUCAUAAGGUGGAUCAAUUUUCUCACCAUGUUUCUGGCUAUUCUUGUUAUAAUAUUUGGGAUAUGGAUGGGCACCCACCACGACGGUUGUCGAAAAUCUCUCACUCUUCCUGUCAUGGGACUUGGUGGAUUCAUCUUUGUGGUGUCCAUAGUUGGUUUCUUGGGUGCCCUUAAGAACAAUUCGAUAUUGCUGUGGAUUUAUCUGAUCAUGUUGUGCAUUACGUUGGUGGGGAUUCUCGUGUUUACAGUGUUGGCGUUUAUUGUUACAAAUAAUGGAUCGGGACAUGAUGUUGCUGGCUUGAGGUAUAAGGAGUAUCAACUACAAGACUAUAGUACGUGGUUUCUAAAACAGCUUAACAAUACUGAAAAUUGGAUGCGUCUGAAAAGCUGUCUAGUCAAAUCCGAGGAUUGCAAUAACCUUUCAAAAAGAUACAAGACUCUCAAGCAGUACAAAUUGGCAAAGCUGACGCCCAUGGAAGCGGGUUGUUGUAGACCCCCAUCCGAAUGUGGUUAUCCAGCUGUUAAUGCAUCAUACUAUGACUUGAGCUUUCAUCCUGUCAAUUCAAACCAUGAUUGCAAAGUAUACAAGAAUUCCAAGGCGGUCAAGUGUUACGAUUGUGAUUCGUGCAAGGCCGGAGUCGCACAGUACAUGAAAACUGAAUGGCGAUUGGUUGCUAUCUUCAACGUCAUUCUAUUUGUUGUCUUGCUGAUAAUCUACUUAGUCGGAUGCUGCGCUAGGCGAAAAGCUGCUAGAAAUCGAUCUAAAGGUUAGUGAAUACCGGUUGCGCUUGGUCUACUGCUUAAAUAUCGAAUCGGACCAUAGUUGUCUUGUGCUGUGUAAGUGAUAACUGUUGGAAGUAGAAUUUUUUUUAGCAAAACUCAUUCAGUUUGUGUAAUAUAUGCAGCCAGCCAUGUUUGUAUGUAAAAAGCUUGUUCUUUUGCUAGUACAGUGAUUACUAUUCAUUCCGGUAUCGAACUGUAUUUCGACCAUGAA